AUGAGAAAAGAUUGCAGAGUGGCACAAGGAAUUGUGAAUACUACUGUUUAUUGGAAAUGCGAAGACCGUUCGUGUCCUGGGCGUGCUAUACAAUAUGGGUCGGAUCAACCAGGUAUGAAGAAGCCGCACAAUCACAGUGGUGACGAAGAUAAAUGUAAAGUUGAAGAAUUUAAAAUGGAUUUAAAACGCUUAUGUCACAAAACAAAUAAUAGCUUAGAAGGUUGGCAUCAUCGAUUAAAUACUGAUUUAAAUCAUAUCAUACAUCCACAUUUUUAUAUGUUUAUUCGUGCAAUUCAAAACGAUUAUGCUUAUAAUUCAGCAAUAUCAUCACGCCAUACAGCCACCGGCGCAAUACCAUCAAGAAAAAAACUAUUUGUGAAUCGAAAUGCACGAUUACACGAUUUAGAAAAUCGUUAUAAACAACAACCUUAA